ACGACCGAAUCCCCAACCUGGGGAUCUCGAAGUGUUGACUGUUUCGAAAAAUUGGAGCAGAUUGGUGAAGGAACUUACGGGCGACUGAAUUUGAACAAAAACAUCUUCUCCUAGAAGCUAAGCAAGCUUGUUUUUCCUGCCACUCUACUAUAAGAAUUUUCUUUGCUCACUUUUACCAACAUAUUGACUACAAAAUGCACACUCGUCACAGCAUUUUGAAAUAAUACAGGUGAUAAUGCAGUGUCAAUUAUCACGUUCAAACCCUCAAACUCUUUCAGGAACUUUUUUUUGUUGGUGUCAAACUUCUAGAGUAUCUUUUAAGGUAAAAAUAUUUCCUGGCCGUGGUUCUGAAAACCCAGUUGAAAUAAUGUGAAUAUGGAAUAUGAUAGGAGAUCAACGAGCAGCCCUAACACCUCUUCUGAAAACCCGAUCAUGUCGUCUGUCUUACAGUCAAUUCUCAAAACAGUUAUUUCAGGGUGAUUUAUCUGAAAACACAAAUUAAAGGAUGCGAAAGAUUCUAAAUCCUAGCAAGGGAAACAAUUCUGGGUGCUUUGUAGAGGGUCUGGUUGCCCACUGAUAAGAUAUUACUUACCUAAGCAGUAAGCAAUCCAGGUAUCACUUGAUACAGAUGCAUUUGCUGGUUUGCGGCUUGUCUCUAUUGGUCCAAUUGAAGCAGGUUCGUAGAGCCUCCCAAAAAAAAGUUCCAUAAUUUGAAGAUCCUCCAUGAGUCAAGUAUACAUGGCUAGAGAGAUCAGAACAGGGGAAAUUGUUGCUUUGAAGAAGAUACGGAUGGAUAAUGAGAGGGAGGGGUUUCCGAUAACUGCCAUACGUGAGAUUAAAAUUUUAAAGAAGCUGCAUCACGAGAAUGUAAUAAAGCUUAAAGAGAUUGUUACUUCUCCAGGUCCUGAAAAAGAUGAGCAGGGCAGGCCAGACGGUAAUAAAUACAAGGGGGGCAUUUAUAUGGUUUUUGAGUACAUGGACCAUGACCUAACUGGCCUUGCUGAUCGUCCUGGGAUGAGGUUUUCUGUUGCACAGAUUAAGUGUUAUAUGAGACAGCUUUUGACAGGGCUUCACUACUGUCAUGUAAAUCAAGUACUUCAUCGUGACAUCAAAGGUUCCAAUCUUUUAAUAGACAAUGAAGGAAAUUUGAAGCUAGCAGAUUUUGGUCUUGCCCGUUCAUUUUCAAAUGAUCACAAUGGGAAUCUUACAAACCGUGUGAUUACUUUAUGGUACAGACCACCAGAGUUGCUGCUAGGGACCACGAAGUAUGGCCCAGCUGUGGAUAUGUGGUCAGUUGGGUGUAUUUUUGCUGAGCUUCUGCAUGGGAAACCAAUUUUUCCUGGGAAAGACGAGCCCGAGCAACUAAGUAAAAUCUUUGAACUGUGUGGAGCUCCUGAUGAGAUUAACUGGCCUGGCGUUUCUAAGAUUCCUUGGUACAACAACUUCAAGCCCACAAGGCCUUUGAAAAGGCGUCUUCGAGAGGUCUUCAGACACUUUGAUCGGCACGCUUUGGAGUUGCUUGAGAAAAUGCUGACUCUUGAUCCUUCUCAGAGAAUAUCAGCCAAGGAUGCACUAGAUGCAGAGUAUUUCUGGAUAGAUCCAUUACCUUGUGAUCCCAAAAGCUUACCCAAGUACGAGUCUUCACACGAGUUCCAAACCAAGAAAAAGCGGCAGCAACAGCGACAACAUGACGAAGCAGCAAAGCGUCAGAAAAUACAGCACCAACAGCAACAUUCACGUCUCCCACCACCAAUGCAGCAGCAGCAGUCUGGCCAAGCAGCUCAUGCUCAGAUGAGGCCAGGACCUCAAAAUGCACCGAUGCAUGGUGCUCAGCCUCAGCUGGUUGCAGGUGGCGGACCUGGCCAUCAUUAUGGGAAGCCUCGUGGCGGACCUUCUGCAGGAUCAAGCAGAUACCCGCAGGGCGGUGGAAACCCUUCUGGCGGAUACAAUCACCAUCCAAGUCGUGGCAGCGGGCCAUAUCCGCCGCCCCAAGCAUAUGGUCGAGGUAGUGGAGGUACUAGCGGUUAUGUGGUUGGUCCACCAAAUUAUUCUCAAGGCGGCGGCGGUGGUGGUUCAUACAGCGGGGGUGGUGGACCUGGCGGUGGCCGUGGCAAUGCAAUGGGAGGGAAUCGUGGCCAACAGUACAAUAAUUGGCAACAGUAAGAAGUCGGAAUCGGAAAGACUUGGGGUUUUUGUUUGUCAGAAUCAAUGACCCUGUAAAUCUCUCUCAUAUAUAUAUAUAUAUAUACAUAUAUAUUAUAUAUAUAUAUAUAGAUAAUCCUACAAAUAAGCUUACGACUCCAAUCCAAUUAAAGAAAGCAAUUGCAGCAAAUAAUCAUCUCUCU